GAACAGUGCCAUCCCUUUAACAACAACUGGGACAUAGCGGAGAGAGGAAAAAAAGGAGAGGAGGGGGUAGAAGAAAGAGGAAUUAAAAAAGAAAAGGAAGAAAGAGACAGGAGGGAGGGAGGGAGAGAGAGAGAGUGCGCGAUAAAAAAAGAAAGAUGACAUCGUGUGAAUUGAAGCGCCGUGGUGGAGCGGCGGGCUGCGGCCGGGCUCAAGUGUUAUUCGCCGGGGUCAGAGCUUGAAUCCAACUGCGAGGCUUCGACAAAUACCCGAUUGGCCUAUCGGGGGGAACCGAGGGGGAAAAAAACACUGAUUUAUGCAUAGCAGCCUUUAAGUUUUACUAUUUCAAAUGCGUCAAUCGCAUUACGUGUAACCGUUUUUUAACGUCUAAAUGCAUCAACUCCUGUUUUGUAAUGCAUGAUGUAAGAGUGUAGAAAUAGAAAUAACAUUAUUGAUUUCGUGUGCAAAUAUAGAUUUUUUUAAGUCAUGCAAAAUAAUAAAUACUAGUUUUUUGUUGUUGUUGUUGUUGUGAUGUCUCGGUGAUAAGGGUUAAAGUUAGAUUAAAGUGAAUACCGAAUUGUGUGCAUUAUUGCCUGGUAAUCUGGACCGGUAAUUAAAUAAGCGGAAAGAGAUUUUAAGCAUGUUUUAAAGGGGGACAGUUUGAAAACACCUCCAAACGUGCAAUAUUUGCAAACUAUAGACGAUUUAAAGGUGCCAAUGGUGCGCUAUUAUUCUUGAUUGUGUGGUUAUUAUAGUAUUAUAAUAUUCAUCGCUUUGGAACAAAAUGGAUGCCGCGUGGAGCAAUUUUCUUUUUCAGACCACACCUUCUCAGGCCCAAGUGGAGGGUUCCCUCCAAUCAGAACUUCUGGCUGUCCACACGACCUCUCCUCAAACCCCACCCACCGAGCACAUAACUCCGCCCCCAUCGACAGUGGACACUGCUGCUCUCAAUGAGGACCCUGUACCUGUGAAGCCUGUGUCCAGACCGGCCCGUGCGGCUCAUAUCUGCUCUAUAUGCAGCAAACAGUUUAAGAACAGCUACAACCUGCGGCGUCACCAAUCCGUCCACACCGGUAUCCGCAUGAAGGGUGGCUCCCAAAGCCGAGAGGCUAUGGCCAAAGAGAGUACAGAAAGACACACUGUCCCCCUUUCUCUCCUCCACCUGCCCAUACCCCAGCAGCAACCCCAAAUGCUGCCUCCUGCUGCCAUGCUGCCCCCUCACCACACACAAGUCCUGGCCACUCAAGAUGGAAAUGAAGUUGCUAUGGAGAGCAUGGCUUCCACUGUGACCGCCCUCCCUCCUCCUGCUGCUGUUGUCAUGGCAACAGGGGAGCCUGUACAGAGGCCAGUGAACCAGAAUCCCAAUCCUGUGCGUAAAAACCACGCAUGUGAGACCUGUGGCAAAGCCUUCAGGGAUGUGUACCACCUGAACAGACACAGGCUCUCCCAUUCGGAUGAGAAGCCAUUCUCUUGCCCGAUCUGCCAGCAGCGCUUCAAGAGGAAGGACCGCAUGAGCCAUCACGUCAGAUCCCAUCAGGGAGGAGUGGAGAAACCCUACGUGUGCCCGCACUGUGCUAAAGCUUUCUCACGGCCUGACCAUCUCAACAGUCAUGUCAGACAGGUCCAUUCUUCAGAAAGACCCUUCAAAUGUCCUACGUGUGAAUCGAGCUUUGCCACACGGGACAGACUGCGCGCUCACAUGAUCAGACAUGAAGAGAAGGUUCCGUGUCACAUUUGUGGCAAACUGCUGUCUGCUGCUUACAUCACGGAUCACAUGAGGGUGCACAACCAAUCACAGCAUCACUCCUGCCACCUCUGCAACCGCAGUUUCACCACACUGACGUACCUGCGCGUUCACGCUCAAAAGCACCACGGUCAGGAGUGGAAGGAGAGCGCAGGAGGGUUUGGCACCACCGGUUCUGGAGGUGUCCUGGUUUGUCAGCUCUGUGGUGUGCACUGCAAGACCCCCACCCAGCUGCAAGGUCACAUGGGUACCCACAAUCCCCCUGUGAGUGACCCCAACCCCGUCACCACCACCAGCGAAGCGGUCCCAGGAAGCACGAUCACCCUGUGCAACAUGGUUUCGGCACCGACCAUGUUCUUGAGUGGAAACACAGUGGUGGAUCUGCUAGUCACCGACUGCUCCAGCAUCAUCCCGCAACCUCAGAGCUAGCAGAGCAGACCUGUAGUGCACACAUGCUAGUAACUACAUUCACUAUUACAACACACAGUUUUAAAAGUAGCUGUUACCCAUACACCUGUAUGACUCAAAACAGCCAUUCAUGUUCAUAAACACUAAAGAACCACAAGAAGCCAAGGAGAAACUGUGAAAAAAGGCAUUCUGAGUGGACAUUGCUCAAAUGUUGUAUGACAUGCACACGCAGAACCACACAUAUAAAAACUAAUGUAGCAUGAUAUAUUUUGAUAAAACACCUCUCAAUGAUGCACAUAAUAGGACAGGCAGGGGAAAAUUCACUUAACAGUUGUGCCACAUUUGUGCGUGGUAUUUCACCGUGAAUUCCUGCGUUUUAUUUACAAACACUCACAAUGCAGUUUAAUUGCCGCUGCGCUGUAUUCAAAUUAGUACUUUUCAAUCUUUUUAGCGCAAACAUGGCUGCUUUCUAUGUAAAUUAGGUUUAUUGUAGAUUGGGUCUUGUUUACAAAAUUCAGCACUAUUUGCUUGCCGCAAUUAACAUUUACGUUUUUACCAGCCACUGGAAAGCAGGUGGUAAACUGAAUUUUAUUAAAAAGAGAUGUUUGUGUACAUUUUUCAGAUCAUGUCAGCAGUAUUUCAUCAAAUGAUGGAGAAGAGCAUUUUAACCGUGCAUAUAUACAGGCACGAGUAGUGAAGUGCACUUUUGUCAUUUUAAAGAGCCAAUUAAUGUGUCUGGAUCGCAGCGGUGGAGCGAUGCAGUAUAGUCCCAGCAAAAUAUGCCAGAUCACGGUAGUCUACUGUAUCUUCCACAACUUAUCGCUCCAAACCGGCCCACAAAAUCGGGAAUUUUGUCUUGCAAAUUGCAUUCAACACAAAAGGUUUAGGUGUGUUUGUGCCAUUACCUGAUUUGCAUAAUUCUUUCAGUGAAUCAGGUGCUUAACGCGGACAGCGCACGCAAAUAAACCGCACUAUCAACAAGCGCAAUUUAUUCUUUGUGAAUUCCCCCAUAGUCACUUUACACUUAGCCCUCCCAAAACCAGAUAGUUAUCUAAGUAAUAUGUAUGUUUUCUUGUUUAGCUGAGGGGGCAGGAGGACAGUAUUUUGUCUUCCUAAGUUAUCUUGGCUUGACAAGAAGGAUCAGGGUAUGAAGGUGGAAAAGGAGACAAGCAGAGACAUUGAGGGCGGUGUUUUUUUUUAAUAUUGCCACAUUGCUCUGUUGCACUGGCUCGAUCCACUCUUUUGCUUUCUCCUUUUCUCCCUUUUACCUUUUUUUUUCAUGGCUGCAGGACUCUUUGAUGAUACUGUGAUUGUGUAUUUCUACUGUAUUUCCUCUGCCUGUAAUAUGAUUUCCUGUUUGUUUGCCAGACCUUUCUCUUCCACCGCCAUAACCUGGCAUCAAGUCGUGUUCAUAUGUCAUAAUAUCCAACUCUGGUCAAAAAUAAAAAGCAGAAAAUGAGAGGUUGGACGAGAGGAAAGUUGCAGAGAAAAGAUUUCACUUAAAGUUGUUUUGUUAUAACCAGAAACACACAGGCAUAGUUUCUGUUUGUGUGUGCCUAGUAGCGUCAGUUCAGUACUGAUAAUUAAUUAAACUCAUGUGUCUGUUUAUUUAAUUGUGACUCUGAAUUUGUCAGUAAUUAUCAAGACAACCAUUAUUCUAAAGGCGUUCAAACUGCUGGAGAUCAUUAAUUUUCAAUAAGAGAUGGCAAUUUCUGCAGACAUAAGUGUUAGCGCCAGCCGGUGACGCGAUUUUUGUCCAGCCAAACUGAUCGCACUGUGAAUUCGGUGACAGCAGGUUGAAAGUUUUGCUUUUGCGAACUUGUUUUUUGCUUACAGAUAUUUGAAUCACUGCCCCCCAUUGGCCGAAGCUGGAAGUGUUGUUGAACGUAUGGAUACGUUUGAGCUCCAGUUCCCGGGUGAAAUGUCCAUCGAGUGGCGGUAAAAGCGAGUUUUUUUUUGUUUUUGUAAUUGAUGUAAUACAGUCAACAAGAAUGCAUAUUUUAUUUACCAUACACCGUAACCCAAACGCCAACCCUUAAACCUAACCGUCAAUGGAGUACAAAUACAAUUUUUGAGCAAAAAUGCAACCUCCGAAUCGAUGACUUUCUGGUUUCCAUGGGAUUGAUCGGGGUUAAUUUCAGGGUACAUGAACAUUCAGAAGCAUUAUGUCGAUUUACCGUGUGAUUAUGUUGGUCAGGCGACUUGGAAAAAGUUGAGAAAAGUUUACAUUUAUGCAAAUGAGCAGCCAAGUGAAAAGGCAACUACCAGUAGUAGUCAAGACACUGGAGCUCAUGUGAUCUGUGGGUGGGUUUGAUUCCUGCAUUCAAAAUCGUUCAUUUUGCUCAUGAUAUGAUGCAUUAUGCACAGCUGUGCAUUAUGUACAAAUGCUUUUCCCUGCAGAGUAUACAUUUUUAUCUGCUGAAAAAUGUAUGUAUGAUUUCUGAAUAGUAUUAUGAUUUUUAAAAGCUAUGGCCAGUUACGCAGCCAACAAAUAAUCUUAAAGCAACCAGGGGCCGGUUGCAUAAACAUAGCCAUUAACUUAAGACUGCAUAUAACAAUUAGUCUAACUAAAGAUGCCAGAGAAACCUGUUGCAUAAAAUAAGUUACAGCUGUAUUUAGUAAGACAAUAAUUUCUAAUUUGCAUUGCAUUGUGGUAAAAGUAAGACACUGAAUGACUUGUCCGACAGUGAGCACUCAACACAGUUUUCCUUCGCUGAAAAUAUUUUCUUAAUAGAAGAAUAGCAUACUUCAAAAUGGACUCUAAUGAGUCAAAAUCUUCUACAAAGUCUCAACUCAAGCCCCUCUCAGCCCUCAACUGAAGCCCCCACUAACUCAGCUGACAAUUAUUUUCCAUGGCAACAUAGAAUGUCAAUGAAAGUUAGCGUAAGGGUAUGCAGACUUACAUUUUCAUCUUAAAUUAGAGCGGUCUAAUUUUUAAUGCAACUGACUGAAAAAAUGAAGACCAAAGUUUUAGACAACUAACUUGUAAGACUAGUCUAAAACAGUUUUCUGCUACUGCCCCCAGCAGUAGGAUCGGUAAUAGCGUCCAACCGUAAAUUCGAUUUCAAUUUACGGUUGGCAUCGAUUGGCAUAAAUUACAUUUAUUUAUGUACGAGUUAGUAUCAUGCUCUUGGUAAAGGUGUGUGUGUAUUUAGUCUAUUUUUGAAGAUUGUAAUUGAUUUUACUAUUCGGGUGAAGGUUAGGACAGUAAGUGAAUAGGUUUUAGGAAGUGACCUUGUAAUUUCCUGUGAUGGCACCAUCAGGCGUCGCUCCUUCAUAGACUGCAGGGGAUGGAACAGAAAAAAUUCAACUCACCCAGCAUUUUAAUGCACAGAUCGAGGAAAUGUUUCAAGAGCUCAUAAAGGUCCUGACAAAAAGCAGUCUAUAGAAAUUUUAAGGAAAAUACACGCAACACUAAUAUCAAAACGCUAAUAUUUUAAUUUGAUGUCAGACUAGUAGUUGCUAGCUGUAAGAGUUGUUGGGCGUAUGGGCAGGUGUGAGCUCCAUUUUCCAGGUGUAAUGUCCACAGAGGGGCGCCAAAAGCAAGUUGUUUUCAGCUGUACAGGAAUGCAUAUUUUAUAAACUGUACCAACCCAAACCAUCAUUGGAGUAGAAAUGUAAUGUUAGAGAGAAAGAUGCAACCUCUGAAUCACGCUCGUCACUUAUUAUGAGAACAUGACAACUUCCUGGUAUCAAUGCAGAAUUUGAACCCGGGUCUUCCACCCUACUGACACAACACGCUUCAGGUUGCGCCACGCGGUGAGAUAAUCACACAAUCGAGCCGAUGCAAAAAUGUCUGAUAUGAGAUGCCGCUUGUCAGUGAGUCAGCAUAAAGUGUUUUAACUUUUUGCUAGACUUUGAGUGAAAGAUCUGUGAUUGGUCUCUUUUAAUCAAUAACACUGUCCUAGGUGUUGAACAGAAGUUUAAUGAUACUGUUGUGACAUUUUAAACAGACUUCCAGUUUACAGAUUUAGCACAAAGAUGCUUGCUGUGAGUCUAAUAAUUUGGCCAUGACUGUACUGUGGGGGAUUUGGUAGGUGUGUAGUGAACAAAAAUGUAUAUGUUUUUCUUCCUCUCCGAUUCUCUCCUCUGAUUUUUUUUUUUUUUACAUUUUUUAUCCGUUUCCAUACGGAGGAGAACAAUGAAACAAUGAAUCCACUGCCUGACUUUUCCUGAGGAACAGAUGUUAGGUGCUGAACUGAGAAAUUCAAAGAGAGUGAUAUUUAGAUUAAAUGUUUAAAAGUGAUGCUAUUUUUCAUUGCAACAGGCCAUCAAAGAAAAGGAGUGCAACUGUUGUUACUGCUUCCACUAAGAAUUAUAGGAAAAGUUUUUUUGUUUUUGUAAAAGACUGUGUUUUCAUUUCUUGUUCUGUUGUGAAUGUGAGAAUGGUGUUUAAAGAAGGGCUUAAUCAUGUAUGCUCAAGUGAAAUUAAGAGAAAUAAAACACUACUAGCUCAAGUGUCAAAGCUGACAGAAACUAUGGAGAAAAAAAAAAGAGUUGUCUUGGUUUUGUAAUGGCGUGAUUUGUUUGAUCAGUUUAGUGUUGGUACUGUAUACUGGUAUAUCUGGUUAUUACUGAACUUAAUUUUAUUAUAAAAUUUGUUCUUCCUGUCUAGAAAUGUAGUUGUUUUAACAAGGUCCAGGUCAUAUUUAGGUUCUUUUUAAUUUAGCAUUAAGCUGAAAUAAUACCUCUAAUCACUGUACAGCUCUGGCAAUGCAUCUCGAUGCCUUAUUGUUCUCUACCACAUUUAAUUCAUCAAACUCUAAAACUAUUUUAAAUUAUAGUCAAGAAACCAGUUAAAAGGAAAGAAAAAUAAUAAUGGGAUGUAUUUAUAUUUAUAUUUUUGUAUUUCUCAGCAGUAUGCAUGUCUAUAAACAGAGCAAAACAAAAUGUUGAUGCUUACAAUGAUCAUGAAUAUUACGUUAUUAUUUUGUAGAUUAUGUAGAUCAUGUUAUCAUUUUGUAAUUUUGACUAUUAAAAGGAAAUGGAGCAAUCAUC